AUAGUUUUGAAGGUAACUCAACAGAUAACACAAAAGGUAAUAUUAAAGGUAGCUCAGAAGGUAGCUUAAAAGGUUUAAGAGGUUCAAAGUAUUUAAAAGAUGAUAAAAGAUUUACAUUAAAAUGUUCAUAUGGCAAAAGAUUUGUAUUAGAAAAAUUAUUAUUAAGAGAUUCAGAAUAUGACGAAAAAAAGUGA